AUGUAGUGGAUGAGAUCUCUCGCGAGUCAAAAGCGUUAUCUUUUGGAACACAAAAAAGCCUCUCCUCUACAAACACUUGCCAUUAUUCACACAACAUUCAGUGAUAAGCAGAGCUUUGCUUGCUUACAUCUUGUGUGCUCCGAAGCAAAUGACGACUCGGAUAAUGGGACUCGGCGUUGGACUCGGUACCUCAACCCAGUCCCCUCCAACUUCAUCUUCUUCCUCAUUUUCUCUCUCUUCAACCCUUUCAACAUCUCUUCGAACUAGUAGCAGUAAUCUGCUGUUUGUAAAUACUUGCUUGAAUCGUCGAUUAAGUAUCCGAGUCAACUCAGUUCGAAUUUCCUGCAACUCCCCGAGUUUCACUAAAUCUUCUUCAGCUCUUCGUGUUCGAGCUUCUGCUGCUUCCUCCCAAGACCCCCAAUCUCCUCAAGGGUCAGGUGUUGAGAAUGUGGUGAUAAUUGGCUCAGGUCCUGCUGGAUAUACAGCGGCAAUUUAUGCUGCCCGUGCUAACUUGAAACCAGUGGUCUUUGAGGGGUUCCAAGCAGGCGGUGUACCUGGUGGACAGUUGAUGACCACCACAGAAGUAGAGAACUUCCCAGGGUUUCCUGAUGGAAUUACCGGCCCUGAUCUAAUGGAUAGAAUGCGGCGACAAGCAGAAAGAUGGGGAGCAGAGUUGCAUCAAGAAGAUGUUGAAUUACUUGAUGUAAAAAAUAGUCCAUUUACUGUGCGGAGCAGUGAGCGUGAGAUAAAAUGCAAUUCUGUGAUUGUUGCCACGGGAGCUAAUGCUAAGAGGCUUCGGUUGCCUCAUGAAGAUGAGUUCUGGAGCAAAGGAAUAAGUGCAUGUGCAAUAUGUGAUGGGGCAUCACCAUUGUUCAAGGGCCAAGUCCUUGCUGUGGUUGGAGGAGGUGAUACAGCUACUGAGGAAGCGAUUUAUCUGACCAAGUAUGCUCGUCAUGUUCAUUUACUUGUGCGCCGAAAUGAAUUGAGGGCAUCUAAAGCUAUGCAAGAUAGAGUUUUCAACAACCCAAACAUCACCGUGCACUUCAACACAGAAACUUUGGAUGUGGUUGGCAAUGCUAAAGGCCAAAUGUCUGGCGUCCUGACUCGAAGAUCUGAUACUGGUGAGGAAUCUGUGAUCGAGGCCAAAGGUUUAUUCUAUGGCAUUGGGCAUUCUCCAAACAGCCAAUUGCUGGAAGGUCAAGUUGAACUUGAUAGUGCAGGCUAUAUUUUAGUGAAGGAUGGCACUGCAAGCACCUCAGUAGAAGGUGUUUAUGCAGCUGGAGAUGUACAGGAUCACGAGUGGAGACAGGCAGUUACUGCAGCUGGAUCUGGGUGCGUUGCUGCUAUGUCAGUUGAAAGAUAUCUUACAAGCAAGAAUCUUCUAAUUGAGUUUCAUCAGCCACAAAGAGAAGAGGCUAAAAAGGAACUCACUCCUCGUGAUGUACAAGAGGGUUUUGAUAUUACCCGUACCAAGCACAAAGGCCAGUAUGCUUUACGGAAGUUGUAUCAUGAAAGCCCGAGGCUUGUAUGUGUUCUCUAUACAUCACCAACUUGUGGACCAUGUAGGACCUUGAAACCAAUACUUAACAAGGUAAUUGAUGAAUAUGACCAGAGCGUUCAUUUAGUUGAAAUAGACAUCGAGGAAGAUCAGGAGAUAGCAGAGGCUGCUGGAAUCAUGGGUACACCUUGUGUACAAUUCUUCAAGAACAAGGAAAUGAUUAGGUCUAUUCCAGGAGUCAAAAUGAAGAAAGAGUACAGAGAAUUUAUAGAGGCAAAUAAGUAAGGUCAUUUCAUCUUGGCACAUACCAUUGCUUUGCGGUUCAAUUUUGUACCUCUUCAGCCAUAUUCUUGACAAAAAUGUUGUCGUAUUUGUACAUUAAGGAGAAUUUUUGGAACACCUUAUUCGUAUAUUAGGCAUUUUUAGCCCUCAAUUUUUGACUUCGGGUUUGCAAAUUCUUGUCUUUCUUUGGACAAAUCGACAACUUUGUGAAAUCAUUACAGCUACCAAAUUGUUGUGUAGCACAUAUGCCAGUUUUAUGACUUUAUUUAAUUCCCUUAAUGAUGUA